UCGCGAGAACAAGUUUCCUUGGCAACAAUACACGGUGUUUUAAUGGAGAGGUCCGAGCGACAAAAGAUUCAGCUCACAACCAACCAGCCAUACGACGAGAGUUUUGAGGUGAACGCAGACGAGGCCUCCAGCGUUCACACACCAUCCCCACGACAGAGAGUUUCCAGGAGGGCGGGCAGGCAGAAGCUCAGCGCCAUGGCCAGUUAUGCUGGUGAGAAACUAGAAGACGACACUAAAAGAAAGAAAGAGCCGCCACCUGGUGCUCAUGGUACUGUGGAGAAUGAUGAAGAAGAUGAGGAGGAAGAAGAUGAUGAUGACGACGACGAUGAUGAUGAUUCUGAUGACACAGAGUCUGAUGAGGAGGAAGGGGAGCCUGGAUCUGCUCCAGAAGGUGCAUAUGACCCUGCCGAUUAUGAACACCUUCCUGUCACAGCCGAGAUCAAGGAGCUAUUUCAGUACAUCACUCGAUACACUCCUCAGACGAUAGAGCUUGACCACAAACUGAAGCCCUUUAUCCCUGAUUUCAUCCCAGCUGUGGGGGACAUUGAUGCUUUCCUCAAAGUACCACGGCCAGAUGGGAAGGCUGACAAUCUUGGUCUCCUCGUUCUAGAUGAGCCAUGCGUUAAACAGUCAGACCCAACAGUGCUUUCCUUGUGGCUGUCAGAGAACAGCAAACAACACAAUGUCGCUGAAGUGAAAGUUAAGAGCAUCGAAAACCCAGAGAAGAACCCCAAAGCCAUAGACAACUGGAUCGAGAGCAUUACUGAGCUGCACCGGUCCAAACCUCCAGCUACCGUACACUACACGAGACCCAUGCCAGACAUCGACAACCUGAUGCAAGAGUGGCCGGCUGAAUUUGAGGAGCUUUUGGGGAAGGUGAAUCUCCCCACAGCAGACAUUGACUGUGAUUUGGCUGAUUAUGUUGACAUUAUUUGUGGAAUCCUGGACAUCCCUGUGUACAAGAACCGAAUUCACUCACUUCACGUCCUGUUCACUCUCUACUCUGAAUUCAAAAACUCACAGCACUUUAAAUCUGUUGGGGAGGGCCAGAAGUCCGACACACCGCCUGCUUCACGGACAGCUACUGCUGAAUUAGAAAGACUCACUUUGGAUUGAUAUCUCCAUCAUGGCCUAUUUUAUUACAUCCUGUUUUUUUCUAAGCUGUCAUGUGACCACAACUGAGUUCUGUUAAGUGCUAUUUUAUUCAUUACACUAUGAAUUCUUCAUUUGAUUGUGUUCUCACAACAUGAUUGUGAUGCAAUAAUCACUACAAUUGCAUUUUAAUAAAACUUAUUUCCUCAA